AGCUGGUGCUUGAGAUGGAAAAAACAAAACAAGCGUCUAGACGGGAGCCGUAAUGGCUCGUGUUGCUCACACAUGACCCCUUUGUUGUCCCGGCACUGAGUCAGGGUGUGAACAAUGAUCAUGCCUCUGCAGCGUGGCCUCCUGCCGCUCCUCCUGCAGCGCUGAUAAAAGACGAGGAGGGAGGCGUCCAGAGCGCUGUUCUCCUGACAUCAGACAAGAAGUAAGGUAUAAACAAGCGUUGACCUCUGACCCUUCCAGCCACAUUGACAUGGUUGUGUUGAUUUGAUCGAGCUGGACCAAUAACCAUUCACCACCAGUCGGAUAAAACGAUCGUUGAGUGCAGUCGGAAGUGAAGAAGCAGGAAGUGCAGGAGAUGGCUCUGACGCUGCUAACCGCCCUAACUGCUGCCGUGACCAUGACUUACUGCUUCCCGGCUGUCUUCCAAGACCUGGAGAACAAUGGUGGAAACAGAACCUCCAUUAAGUUCCUGGCUGUAGGCGACUGGGGCGGGCUGCCGUACCCGCCGUACGUCACCGCUGUGCAGAAGACGACGGCUAACGAGAUGAAUGCAGUGGCGGAGCAGAUGGGAGCUGACUUCGUCCUGGCCCUUGGAGAUAAUUUCUACUACAGAGGUGUGGACAGCGUGGACUCCCCUCGCUUUCAGGAAACCUUUGAGUCCGUCUACUCGGCAAAGUCCCUCAGAGUGCCGUGGUAUGUUCUGGCUGGGAAUCACGACCAUGCAGGGAACGUCAAAGCCCAGAUUGACUACUCUCUUAAAUCUGACCGAUGGAAAUUCCCAUCUUACUAUUACGAGCUGAACUUCCGCAUUCCCAACACGGGGAAGACUCUGACCAUCAUCAUGCUCGACACGAUCGUGCUGUGCGGUAACUCGGACGACUUUGUGGACGAGCAGCCCAGAGGACCCGCGUACGCCGUGGAGGCCAACCGUCAGCUGGUCUGGCUGCAGGAGCGACUGGCUCGCUCCAGAGCAGACUUCCUGUUGGUGGCAGGCCACUAUCCCGUCUGGUCAGUGUCGGAGCACGGGCCCACAGAGUGUUUACUCAAAAGUCUUCGCCCUCUGCUGAUCGAACACAACGUCACCGCUUACGUCUGUGGCCACGAUCACAACCUGCAGUACCUGGAGGAGUCUGGAGUGGGCUACGUGGUGAGCGGCGCUGGAAACUUCCUAGAUCCUGACAUCCGGCACUGGAACCACGUCCCUAAGGGCUCCUUAAAGUUCUUCACGGGCCAGGCUUCAACGCUCGGAGGCUUCGUUCACGCAGAAGUCACCAAGAACAAGCUGAUCCUGACCUUCUUCCAGGCGACGGGCACCUCUCUGUACCGGACCGUCCUGUCCCAGAGGGAGUUCCGGUAGACCCGCAACGGGAGAAGCUGGGAUUAUUCCGCAGAAGCAAAUCAAUCAUCCUGCUUUAACUUUGUACUGUCAGUGAUUUUUAACGUUUUAAAGAAAUCUAUUUUAUUUGACUUAAAUGUGUGCUAAAUAAAUGUGUUUUGUAA